GUUGAAAAAAUGGGCACCCAGUGCCUUCCUUGGAUGUCUUAGUACAAAAAAACCGAUUUUUCGGUUUCACAUAAAAAAAAUAUAUUAUAAAAUAUAAAGAUAACAAAAUAUAUGUUAUAACAAUUGUUUAAUAUUAUAGGCUUUAAUAUUAUUAAAAAAAUGCAUUCAUGUCGACAGUUAUUAUGUAGUUCUGCACGCUGGAAAAGUGCUCUACCAAUACAUUUGAAAACACCCGUGUUAACAAUUAAACCUGAUCAGGGUGUAGUUCAGGAAUGUCGUCAGUACUCAGCACGGAAAGGUUUCUUUUCCUCAAUCCUGGAAAACAUAAAAGAAGAUAUAGCUAAAAAUAAAGAAAUGAAAGAAAAUAUCAAAAAAUUCAGGGAAGAGGCGCAGAAACUUGAAAACUCGGAUGCAUUACAAGCAGCUAGGAAAAAGUUUCUUGCUGUUGAAUCAGAGGCAUCGAAAGGUUCCGAGGUGUUGAAGGAAACCAUUGAGGGUAUUAAGGGGAAGGUGGAGCAUGUUAUAGAGGAAGCCAGCAAAACGGAGAUAGCUAAAAGGGCGGGAAAAAUAACAGAGGACAUCUCAAAAACUGCAAAAGAUGCUGCGGAGUCUUUAGCUGAUAAGAGUCAAAAACUUGGUCAGACAUCGGCCUUUAAAACAAUAUCUCAGGCUACGGAGGUAGUUAAAAACGAAAUGGCUCCUAAAGGAUUAGAGGGAAGAGUAUACACGUCACCGGCGACCUUACGGAAAAGACUCGAGGUUGCAGCCACCGAACGAACGUUUGAGGCGGACCCGAACGCUACCGGCCUGGAGUUACACAAAGAUUCACGAUUCUAUCAACAGUGGCAGGACUUUAGAGACAACAACCAGUACGUCAACAAGGUACUGGAUUGGAAAAUUAAAUAUGAGGAAUCAGAAAAUCCAGUGUUUAAAGCGUCGAGGUUUGUGACGGAGAAGGUGAGCAGCCUGUUCGGGAACCUGUUCGAGAAGACGGAACUGUCACACACCCUCACCGAGAUCUGCAAGAUAGACCCCAACUUCACGGCGCAGAAGUUCUUAGAAGACUGCGCCAACGACAUCAUACCGAACAUUCUGGAAGCCAUGGUCCGGGGAGACAUGGACAUAUUAAAGGACUGGUGCUACGAGGGCGUCUACAACAUUCUCUCAGCGCCCAUCAAGCAGUGCAGGCAGAUGGGUUACAGGCUGGACUCCAAGAUCCUGGACAUCGAGAAUAUAGAGCUGGUCAUGGGCAAGAUGAUGGACCAGGGUCCCGUGCUCGUCAUCACGUUCCAGUCGCAGCAGAUGAUGUGCGUGAGGGACGCCAAGAACAACGUGGUGGAAGGAGACCCCAACAAGGUGAUGAGGGUCAACUACGUGUGGGUUCUGUGCCGCGACCCCCAGGAGAUGAACCCCAAGGCCGCCUGGAGACUGCUGGAGCUGUCCGCCAACAGCGUCGAGCAGCUGAUAUAGCUUUUAAAUGUAGGCAAAUAAAUAUUUUGUGAUGUUCUCCGGCGAGUUUCCUUGUUGGCGUCGUGCGUUAGGGUGUUAGGGUGUUCACGUGUUGCUGAUUGUGAGCUCUCAUGAUUCAUUUAACACCCUGCAGUGGUUCCGUCGCCUCGUAUGUUUCUGUAUAUAGUCCCAUGACCGCCGACGUCAUUGAUGACGUCACAAAUUUCCGUUCCAAAGUCCGAAGCUGAACUCCGUCAAUACGGAUUGACCGACGCGGAGUCGUUUAUAUUAUUUGUACAAUUUUAGUUUGAUAACUUUAUUAUUUGUUAUAAUAAAUUGUUUCACGCAGAGACGUCUCUUAAUUCGAGGGCCAAAUGAAACAGCGGAUCAGUAAACGGUUUUUAUUAGAGGCACGUUCAGAGGACAGCGUUCGCAUACAUUAUAUAUACAGGUAGUUUACAAAUAGAGGGGGAGUAAACAGAAAGAACAUACGUGACUAGGUUACUAAUGAUUACGCCUAAAGAAUUUUCCCAUCUUAUAAAAAAAUGUGUAGAAAACCGAUUUAUAUAUAUCGAUAGCAGUGUCUUGUGCUACACAAUAACUAAUCCGACACUCGGGAAGAAAAAUAAUAAUAAGUCUCAUUAAUCUUGAUCAGCACAGAUUAUAAAUAUAAAAGUGCAACAAACAUCGUUCGUUUUAUAAAAACUGGCGCAAAAGCUAAGGUAUAGUGUUACAAGUGUAUAGAAUAAACUAAAAUAUAUCAUUGUUGCCAUAUAAAAUAAUACUUAGAAGCAGAUAAUUCGACGGAAUGCCUGUUUAAGUUCGUUCAGACCCUUCAUUAUCACAACCACGCUAACCACAUAAAUAAUUAUUAUAAAUCGAAAAUUAUAAAAGCCUUAAAACACAACUAAAAUAUUGGAUAUUAUUAAUUUGUCUUAAAUAAUAUUUUUAUUUUGUAAUCGCUUACAUCGAAAAAAUACCACAACUUAAAAAAAAAUUAAAACUUACAUGAAUUAUAUUGUAAUAAAUGAUAAGACAUUAGACUAAACCUUAAAUAAAUUAACUUAAUUUUGUACCAAAGAAGACAAUUAAGAAAAGACAGUUCAUCGAGUCCACACACAGCGGGCGAAGCCUUUAUAACUUGGAACGUCGAUAAAUAUGUGAAGUGCAAGCACAGGAAAUAUAUGUUUGCCAGUGUUUUAAAUUUUUUAUUUAAGGUAAAGACGACACCGACUUGACAUCAAAACGCGAGGCGUCGCAGGAGAAGCCUGUGUCGAGAGUAGAAUAAUUUAAAUAAAGAUAGAGCUCUAAGUGAGCAGCUUGAAAUAUAUCGUUGAUGAAUCAUCAGGUUCACCAUCGCAGACAAGGGUGAAAGAUCCCAAGCAGAUCGAA